CCCGAAAUGAGUGAAAAUUCAAUCAAAACAGAUAAGAUAAAAUGACGCAGCAGACAGAAAGAAACAGAAGGCAUAGUUUAAAUGGCAUCCCUCCCAACAUGAGCGAUGCGGCUCCUCUGAGGAUUGUUCUUCUGGGUAAAACUGGUGUUGGUAAAAGUGCAGUUGGAAACACAAUCCUGGGACAGGAAGAGUUCAGAUCUGUGAGUAGGAUGAGUUCAGUAACCAGUGAAUGUUCAGCAGCUCAGGCCACAGUUUCAGGCAGAUCUGUGUCUGUAGUCGACACUCCUGGAUUAUUCGACACGAAGAUGAAACAAGAAGACUUGGCAAAGGAGAUCGCCAGAAGUGUGUGGUUAUCCAGUCCUGGACCUCACGCUUUCCUCAUUGUGUUUCCUGUGAUCAUGAGAUUCACUGAACAGGAGGAACAGAUUCCUCAGAUGAUUGAGAAGAUAUUUGGUGAAGAAGUGUUGAAAUACUCCAUCAUUCUCUUCACUUAUGGAGAUCAGCUGGAUGGAGAGUCUGUAGAGGAGCAGAUAGAGGAGAACUGUAGAUUAAGAUCUGUAGCCCAGCAGUGUGGAGGCAGAUAUCAUGUGUUCAACAAUGAAGAUGUGAAUAACAGAGAGCAGGUGGAGGAUCUACUGCAGAAGAUUGACUCAAUGGUACAGCAGAAUGGAGGAGGACACUACAGUAAUGAGAUUUAUAAAGACGUUCAGGAAAGUGAUGGAUUUGAAAAUUUUUUUAUUAAGUACUGUCCUUAUUUUUCUGCAGCUUCUGCUAUUGCUGGUGGAGCUGCUGGUGCUGUUGUUGGUGCUGUUGCUUUAGGUGGAAUUGUUGCUGCUGGUGUUUUUGCUGCCCCUAUGGCUGUAGCAUGUGCUGCUGGUGUUGCUGGUACAGCUUAUUACAUGAACAGCAGCCAGAAAAAGGAACAGUCAAAAAAACAACAGUAGGAAAAAGUAAUGGGAACAGGAGCUUGAGAGCAGAAAACUAUCAGGAAGAAAGAACAUUUUUAGAGUAAGAAUGUCUGCCAAGAAGGAAAGAUAAGAUUCAGAGAUAAAUGAAUUACCCAUGAUUUGAGACAAUUUUAGGAAAUUUGUUAAGCUCCCAUCCAGUACAUAUUCAAUGUGGUAUAUUGAUAGUUUACUUUCAGUUUACCUACUAAACUACACUGUUAGACCUUUCCAGGCUUUUUUACAGAAGAAC